AUGGCACCUGUGACGCCUUCGCCACAUAGAUUCAUCACCAGCAAGCAGCGAUCUGCUUCACCCACGAAGAAAGCACAACCACCAUCUCACAAGAUCGUGACCUCUGAAACGUCUCGGAGCAGUCACAGUGAUGGCUUUGAGGGAGCAGGCCAAUUUGCUAGUACGCCACGAUUCGCUGCUGGUAGGAAACCAGCAAGAUCAUCUCGACCAAGGUCCCCACCAAGAUCCUCCUUUGCCAACGCCCUGCGAGCUACAGGUCACUUACGAGAUGAUGUCGAGGAGUCAGCUCUGCAAACGACCAAUGACGAGGAAAUGCUUGACGGUGAACAAGCCAAUGCAUUACCUACGACCGAAAGCUCAGAUCAGCAUAAUGAGUUUCGUGCACUGCCAUUCUCUCCCAAGCGACGUAGACUUGACGAUCUAAAUCCAAACGACUUAGAAUCUACUCCAGCUAGAUAUCACUUGGAGCCGACCUUUGCCAAACCACAGACUCCAGCCUCGGCACAUCGUCUUAACAUACCACGCUUCUCGACCACAGCUGGCGCUGCCCCUGAUGGCCGAGACGAGAUCAGCUCGCAAGCAAGGUCAGCGUUUCUGCGACCUUCUCUGGCACCUACUGAAGCGAGCGAACCACUACCUGAGGCCUUCUCUCCACAUCACCGAGGACAGAAGUUUGUGCCUGGUGGCGUGGCAGCCACUGUGCAGCAAUGGGUGGUCGAGGCAGGUCAAGCUGCUACACAGGGUCGACGUGGCCGUGGUUAUCUUCGUGGAGAUGACUUCGAGCUUAAGUUCACCGUACUUGAUUGCAAGGGCAAUGGUCCUUUCAUGAUCAUGGCAAGAACAAUCGAAGGCGAUGAUGCCCGCUUACUUUUGACUUGUGGUGCGAGUCCUGCGCAAAGAACGUCCACUGUGCAAAUUGGUGCCAUGGUAGGAAUGCGAGCGCCAACGUGGGAUAUCGUCGUCGAAGAGAUAACCUGGAAAGUGGGAAUAGACUGGAGAGUUCUCUAA